AUGAACGAGGUCAACGUCUUCCAGCGCGGACCUGAGCUCUACUUCUAUCGCGCCCUCACCCAGAACGAUGCUGCGUGGUAUGGCGACGGCCCUAUCUGGGAGGAAGAGCGGGUUGGCAGCGUGCACACCCAGGUUCGCGAUGUUCGAUGGGGAGAAACCGAUAGCGGCUUCGCAGUCAACUACAAGGUCCGAGUGGCCCCCAAGGUUCUUGAGUGGGGGGCUGAAGCAGACUUGACGUACACCAUUUCUUCUAGCAGUCUCACCAUCCACGCUCAUGGCGACUUCGUCGGCAACGUUACCGAAGUCCUCCCCCGCAUUGGCCUCAUGGCUGUCAUGCCGGUUGAGUUCGACAAAGUAGCGUGGUUCGGUCGCGGGCCUGGAGAGAAUUACAAGGACACAAAAGAAGGAUGCCGCAUCGGACGCUACGAGUCCACGGUAGAGGACCUCUUUACCCACUACGAUUAUCCACAGGAGAACGGCAACCGAGAAGACAUCCGGUGGCUUCAGGUCGUUGGUGAUGGCGGCGUAACGCUCAACGUGAAAAGGGUCGAAACGGAGCCUUUCAGCUUCACGGCAUCGCGUUACAUGCCAUUCGACUUGGAUGACGCGGAGCAUCCUCAUGAUCUCAAGCCUCUGAACAUGACAGUUUUGCAUCUUGACUAUGACAACAAUGGAAUUGGAUCGGCGACUGUGGGGCCAAGGCCUUUUGAGCAGUACAGGUGUUACACUAAACCAUUUGACUUUACCUUCGAGUUGAGUAUUGCCUAG